AAUAAGUGUUGUGAACGUAACUUUACUGUUUUACUAACCCAACCUUGAUUCCAAGUUCCAACCCAUUCCAUUCAUUCUUGCAAGUUCCGUUUCUUUUUCGUCAACCCACGCUUGACAAGAAUUGUCAAAAAUGGGUCGCCGACCGGCAAGAUGUUAUCGGUAUUGCAAGAACAAGCCAUACCCAAAAUCACGUUUCUGUCGUGGUGUUCCCGAUCCUAAAAUUCGAAUUUUCGAUUUGGGAAAGAAGAAAGCAUCCGUUGAGGACUUUCCACUUUGCGUUCAUUUAGUUUCGGAUGAAUAUGAACAAUUAAGCUCCGAAGCACUUGAGGCAGGAAGAAUUUGUGCCAACAAAUAUAUGGUCAAGAAUUGUGGUAAAGAUCAAUUCCACAUUAGAAUGCGAUUGCAUCCAUUCCACGUUAUUCGAAUCAACAAAAUGUUGUCAUGUGCCGGAGCUGAUAGGCUUCAAACUGGAAUGAGAGGUGCUUUUGGAAAACCGCAGGGAACAGUUGCUCGUGUUCAUAUUGGCCAGCCAAUAAUGAGUGUUCGUUCUUCCGAUCGUUAUAAGGCACAAGUUAUCGAGGCAUUGCGUCGUGCAAAAUUCAAGUUUCCCGGUAGGCAAAAAAUUUAUGUCUCAAAAAAAUGGGGUUUCACUAAAUAUGAACGCGCCGAAUAUGAGGAUUUAAAAACAAAUGGCCGUCUUGCACCCGAUGGAUGUAAUGUGAAAUAUCUACCAGAACAUGGUCCACUUGCUGCAUGGAAGAAAUUCCGUCAAAUACUAUCUGAAUAAGUAUAAAUAAUUAUUUGUAUUUUUUCAAUAUCAAUAAAAGUGAAAUCUUUUUAUCUCA